CCUUGACAGCUUCUUUUAAGUCAGAGGUGCUCAGACAGAAGCACACACCACCUUUUUGCAGAGGACAUAGAUGCACAUAUCUGUCACACAUCACAGAUCAGUGGUAUGGCCUGCACCGUGAACUUUGAGCAGAACUAUCCAUUUCCACAAAUGUUUCUUGUGGAUGGAGGAGGAGGAGGAAGACAGCAGGAUUCUGCUCAGCCUCCAAGUCUUAUACCCUGCUGGUCCUUCCCGCCUGCCCAGGAGAGAAUGAAGAGCCGUGGGAAGAGUAAGGGCUGCAUGGGAAUCAGCCCCGGGCUUGCAUUGGUCGUGCUCUUUCUGUUUCUGCUCGUGUUUGCAGCCCUGGGAUUUGAAGCCUUUAAGAUUUCCAGGAUAGAGGACCAACUGAGGAACAGUGAUGGAGAGGUGAACCAACCUGCGGCUGAGUUUAGUGUACCCCAGAAGCAAAUCGGUCUUGAUGAAUCUGGCCUUAAUGGUCAGGACAAAAGCAAAAGAUCUGCAGCACAUGUGAUAGGGCGAAUUGAGAAAACAGAAUACCCUAUGACUUUAAGAUGGGAUUCAAGGGCGAGUCGGGCAUUCAUCUCCGGAGCAGUGGCUUAUCUCACUGCAGAUGGUGCUCUGCAGGUCAAUGAGACCGGAUUCUACCACAUUUACUCACGGGUUGAGUUGAUCUUUAAGGAAUGCUCACGUAUAUCCUCAUUUGAUCACACUGUGUUUGUGAGGAGAGCAACAGAUACCCGACCUCGGACUUUGAUGAAAGCCCACAGGGGGGGCUUCUGCCCUCAGCAGACGAGCUACUCGUGGACCACAGAGAGUUACCUCGGCUCGGUCGAGCACUUGGAAAAAUAUGACAGAGUUUAUGUGAAUGUAUCCCACCCAAGAUAUCUUAGUCACUCGCAUUAUGGCAACUUCUUUGGUCUAUACAAAAUCUAAAGAAUCCGGGGUGUUGGGCAUUGUGUCCUAUAUUGAAAUUGUACGCAACUGAAUGUAAACAACUCAGGCAGAAGUGAAACUUACUCAUUACUUUAUUUGACUGAUAUAUCGAAUGUUAUUUCUAUCAUACACAAUAACUGCACUCUGCAUAAUAUGAUCUUUGAAGGUAAAAACAGGGAAAUAGUGCACAUUCUCGUGAAUGGCACCUUAAAAAAGGCAGUGACAUUAAAUUAACCACAUGCAGAAAGAAGUAUUGUGUGUUUUGUUGAUAAUGGGGGAGUCACUUGACACUAAAGUUCUGAUUUAAUUUCAGCAUUUUCUAAGUAUUUAUUUUGGUUUUGAUCUAAAUAUUUGUCUAUAAAACUAAUGUUGUUAUGCUUAAGUUUAAAAGUAUAUACAGAUAAAGUAUAUACUCCUAUUUUCUUUCAACAGGAGACGAAAGAGCAAA